GGAGAGAGGGGUUGUAGCGGGAAGCGGAACAGGGAGGCCCCGUGGGACGCCGGGUCUGGGGGAGAGCAGGUAGCAGCGAGCUGCCCUGACAGCUGUCAGUGCUCCUCAGAUUGUCAGUGGCUGCUAUGCAGCAGGUGCAGCCUGCUCUCUUACUAAGUCUCUACUCCACAAACGAAGCGACUGGCCAAGGCAGUGGCUGGCCCUGGAUUACACAAGUGCAGACACUCAACUAAGUGAGCUGGAAGACCCAGGGGAAGGCCGUGGCUCAGGUGCCCACAUGAUCAGCACAGCCAGGGUACCUGCGGAUAAGCCAGUACGCAUUGCCUUCAGCCUUGAUAAUGCCUCAGAUGAUACACCUCCUGAAGACUCCAUUCCUCUGGCCUUUCCAGAAUUAGACCAGCAGCUACAGCCUCUGCCGCCUUGUCAUGACUCCCUGGAAUCCAUGCAGGUCUUCAAACAGCACUGCCAAAUAGCAGAAGAAUACCAUGAGGUCAAAAAGGAAAUCGCUCUGCUUGAGGAAAGGAAAAAGGAGCUCAUUGCCAAGCUGGAUCAGGCGGAAAAGGAGAAGGUGGAUGCUGCUCAGCUGGCUCGGGAGUUUGAGGCGCUGACGGAGGAGAAUCGGACCUUGAAGUUGGCCCAGUCACAGUGUGUAGAGCAACUAGAAAAACUUAGAAUACAGUAUCAGAAGAGACAGGGCUCGUCCUAACUUUAAAUUAUUCAGUGGGCGCGUCAAGACGUUGGUGACUGCUGUGUGCUGGCCAAAAGAUUUGUAUUUUGUAGGGAUAGUGAAUAAAAUCUUGUCACUUCUCUUUAUUACCCACAUGGCAAACGUCUGUAAUGAGUUUAGUGCUUGCUACAUCUAGAUUGAGAGGAGGGAUAUUUUAUUUUAAAUAAGACAAUUAAAGCAAACCUAUUACCAGGAUGUUUUCAGAGAUCAUCAUUCAUGUCCAAAGGUGUUUUUUUUUUUUUUUCUUAUUUAGGAAGACAUGAUCAUACUAUACAUCAGGUUAGAAAACGAUAAAAAUAGAAUAUUGACUGAUGCCGUUAAGAAUCAUAAACAGAAUUAAGCCGUGAAACAAACCGGUAAGAUGCUCACUGCAGUUCCACAUCUGUGCAUUUUUAAAUUUCACGUCUUUGCUAUUUCAAUUGCGCUCAAAUCUGAACCGUCAGAAACUUCUCCUCAUAUAUUUAUGUUCACCAGAGUUAGAUUUAAUCCCCCGGUGAUUAAGAAUAAAUGGUCGUAUAUCAUAAAAGCUUUCUCAUGACAGCAUUAGCAGAAAGUAUGUUUGUGCCAAAAACACAUUUUGCCAGUGCAAACUUGCUGUUGUAAUAAAAAGCAGAUAAGGCCGCAUUUUCUUCAAGCCAUGUUACUUCCCAGUAAACAUCUCUGCCUUUGCUUGUGUGUGUUCUGGGGCAUGGGGAAAGUGGAAAAGAAUUGUUUAGACAUUACUUUGGUGAGUUUCUAUGAAAACAUCAGUAAAAUUAUAACUAUGACUUUAUUUGGGAUUUAAGGAGAUAUUUUGGAUCAGUAAUAACUAACAGAAAUGUCUGAGUAAAUUCAGGAUUAAAAUGAUUUUUCCCCUUGUUCUUCCUAUUACGAUAUUU